AUGGAGAAUAUGGUAUUGGAAGAUAUGGCUUACUAUGAAGCAGGAAUGCUGACCGUGAAAGAAUGCAGCAGGUCUUGUCUGGAAGACUGCAACUGCGGGGCAGCUGUUUUCAACAGUAGGGCUAACGUUUGUGUCAAACAAAACUUACCACUCAGAUAUGUCCGAAGGGAUCCCAAGGAGUACAGUACAGCUGUCUUCAAGAUCGGCAACAGCCCCAACAAUACUAAUCCAGCCAUCCCGCUGAAUCCAAUUACCACGGUCGUUACAGACAAGAAGGUGAUUGAGCAAAUUCUUGUUUUAACUUUAGCUCUCAUCCUAUUCUCCUGUGCGGCCCUUGCAGUUUCUGGAUUUUAUAUUUUCAAAAUCCGACUUCUGCGGUACAAAAGGCUGACGGAGAUUAAUGGUGAUUUGGAGCUGGCUGAUGAAGAACUUACUUUGAGAGCUUUUUCAUUCAAUGAGCUGAGAAGAGCCACCAAUGGGUUCAAAGAAGAAUUGGGAAAGGGCUCGUUUGGAGCAGUUUACAAAGGGGCUUUAAACAAAGGGAAAAAAUUCAUUGCAGUGAAAAGAUUAGAGAAGCUAGUCGAAGAAGGUGAGAGGGAGUUUCGUGCAGAGAUGCAAGCAAUCGGAAGAACUCACCACAAGAACUUAGUUCGAUUGCUUGGUUACUCCGCCGAGGACUCAAAAAGACUCCUUGUGUAUGAAUAUAUGAGCAAUGGCUCCCUUGCAGAUCUCCUUUUCAGGAAUGAAUGGCAUCCUGCUUGGAGUGAAAGAGUAACAAUUGCACUUGAUGUCGCAAGAGGCCUCCUCUAUCUGCAUGAAGAGUGCAAGGCCCCUAUCAUCCAUUGUGACAUAAAGCCUCAAAACAUUCUGAUGGAUGAAUUCUGGAAUGCUAAAAUCUCCGACUUUGGACUUGCAAAAUUGUUGAUGCCGGAUCAAACGAGGACUUUCACAGGGAUCAGAGGGACAAGAGGGUACUUGGCACCAGAAUGGCAAAAGAACACUCCAAUCUCAGUGAAGGCAGAUGUUUAUAGUUAUGGAAUAGUGCUGCUCGAAAUUGUAUGUUGCAGGCGGAACAUGGACAUCAAUGUUAGAGCAGAGGAGAUUAUUCUAUCUACUUGGGUCUACAAGUGCUUUGUUGGUAGAGAGCUGCAUAAGCUCGUGGGUGGUGAAGAGGUCGAUAAAAAGACGUUGGAGAACAUGGUUAAGGUGGGACUAUGGUGUAUACAAGAUGAACCAGCUCUGCGUCCUUCAAUGAAGUCUGUUGUGUUGAUGUUACAAGGUAUUACUGAAAUAGCUAUUCCUCCAUGUCCAACUGCUACCUCCAUGUAA